AGUUCGAUUGCAUUCAAUUUAAGGCUGUUUAAUGUUUUCGCUUGAAUAUACGAAAAGUAUGGAAAGCGACUAAACGAAUUUCCGCAAUACUAAAUCGAGUUAGUUAAGCAUUAGCCAAACUGUGUUCGGGUGUACACAAUGGGUACUGCAAGAUUAAAAUCCUUCAGCGACUUACAAUCAGAAUUAGAGCGAUCUAAAUGUAGCCUAAAAAGGAUAGAUGAAAACAUAAAACGUCUAAUGGGAAGAUGCCCUUUUGAAACAAUCCCUCGACCUGGAAUUAAAAGGAAUUUACCUAUUGAGGAAAACACGAGUAACUUCGACCAUGAUGAGCCGCUCAAUAAACGAAGGCAGCUUUCCGAAAAACCUUCACCUUACGAACUCAAAAUUCUACAACCGCCACAAAAUCAGUUGAUUAUCAAACUUAUAGUAACCCGACGCGCGGAUCGGGGUCGGCAGUUAGCCUUAGCGGCCCAAAACACCGAUGAUAAAUCCACAGCGAGAAACCGUAGGAUGUUCAGGGUUCUCUUGGGUACCUUGAAAAAGUUUCAACAGGAAGAAGCUAAGCUAAAGUCAAAGGAGCAAAAAAGAGCACGGGUAGAAAAAAGGAUUGAGGAACGCGAAAUAAGAGAGAAAGCGAGAAUAAAGAAAGAACGACGGGACUUAUUUUUCAUCCGAUAUCGAAAGCAAGCCGAAAUUGAGGCGAUGGAGUUCCAAAUGGCACGUAUGCUCGAUUAUGAGGUAUGGGAAGAGCGUCAGAAACUUAGGAAAAAUUUCAUUCUUACAAAGGCGAAGCCUCACAUUUGCUACUUGCCUGGGCGGGUAAAUAAUGCGACCAAGGGCCUUUUAAAAAAAAGCAAAUUCCAUAUCAACAGAAUUAUCGAGAAACGUCAGUCGGAGGUUUCUAGAGAACUACGACAUAUGAGUGUCGAAUGA